AUGCGAUGGCCGAGUCCGGAGGUUUUGGGGGAUGUGGUUGAAGAGACGAGGAUUGUGCAGGCUUUGGUGAAAAUGUUUAGGCAUGACAUGAUUGCGCAGGGACUGCUUUACCAUGAUUUCCCCGAUGAUCAGGACAAUGGCAGGAGGAGUCUGGUUGUGCCGAGUGUGAUUCAGAAUCCAUUUACUGCUGAGGGCUGGUGCAAAUGGGCCAUCCUUGGAGCUUGUGGAGUGUUCCGGCAAAUGCUGGAUGCGAAGGGAGGCGAUGCUUUGAUGCUGGCGCAACAUGUGGACUAUCCGAUCGAGGAGGUCAGCGAUGAGAUUUGGCAGCAGAUGGAAGAGCGCCUGCAUGAGUUGCAGGGAGUAUCUACAGCACUGCAGACCGGGUAG